AUGUCCAGUGAAAAACUCCUACCAGUUAAAAGCAUACACCAAUGUUUUCAUUUGAUAUAUAUUCUGUUGUAUCAUACGGGUUGUUUGGGUUGUCAAAUCAGAAAUGGAAAGGAGUUAUACUACGACAAGUGGUACAAAUUGUAUGCUUACCUCUACCGUUUAGUAUAUUUAACUGGCUUAAUUGGCGGCUUCUUAUAUAAAAUUUACGACGAGGAACUAAAUGAAGCCAUGAUGGGUAUACUAACACCAGUGGUCAAAACCAUACUGACUUUCGAGUGUUUCAUAUGCCCCAUAUCUUAUGUGGAAGUUACUUUUCAUUUGGAUUGGUAUCGUGAUAAAUACGUAAACCUGGCCAACACUUUACAGACCCUAGAUGAACAAUUGCAAAGGAAUUUCCCCGGUAUCGAGUGGAAUUAUCACAAAAGUACCAGAAAAUAUAAUCCCAUGACUGUGGGACUGUAUGGUUUCUACACGAUUGUAUCCUGCAUCUACAUAUUUAAUAUAGCUCACUGUACAUGUGGCUGGAUCAGUUCAACCAUUCUUUCCAUUUGCUAUUCAUGCGUUACGGGUGCACCAGCAUUUGCGGGAUUCUUGUUUAUUGGCAAUAUGGAUAUGUUAAGAUUACGCUUUCGUCUUAUACGUAAAUUAUUGCGUCAACAUUUGAUGAACUCACAAAAAAAGUCUCGCCACUUGCUUGUUGAGGAUGUUGCAAAAUUUAAGCAGUUGGAAAGUUAUUUUACACAAUAUUCCAGUUUAAUAGUAACGCUUAAUCAGGUGUUUUCCGUUGUAAGUGGUUCAGGAUUGUUUCAUGACUUUGCUAUAACCACAAGCUUGGGAUAUUUAUUGUGUUCUAAGGCUUUGGAUACAAAGGCCAAAUUGCGUGAAUAUAUAUUUGUAAGCCUGUUUAUGACACCCAGAAUUUAUAAAGUUAUAACCACAUCUAUGUACGGUUAUGCGACACAAAAGGAGCGAAGAAACUGUUGCCACGAGUUUAUUCAAAUAGAAUACAAUUUUGAAAAGUCUGAAUUGUUACGCCAGCCUAUGGAAGCGUUCCUACACUGGCGUAUGCACAACAAUUAUCGCAUAACAGUGGGAAAAAUUCUUAACUGUAAUUUGAGUCUAAUAUUUUUGACUUUGAACAGUGUUGUAAAUUAUAUUAUGAUCCUUAUACAAUUACAAUUUCAACAAAAUAAUAUUGUCAACAGAUUCUUAAAUAAUAUCGAUUCAAUUAGUAAAGACGCUGAGGUUUUAUAA